AUGGAGCAUUCGAGACAGAUACUCUCACUGACAGGCGCUGCUGUAAAUGCGUUGUCGAGCGUUCAAGACUACCACAAGGACAAAAAAGCUAAAACAAUAGGAGGAUUGCCACAGGGGACCUACACACCUCCACGCAAACGACAUGUACAAGAUGCAACUCAACCUGUUUCAGCCAUGAAUCCGCCUGUUACUAGGGCUAAUUCCGCAACGAAUGACAGAGCUGUUGACCCUGUUAGUGGGGAGUUACAAGACCAGUCUUCAUCUUCACUUCUUGAUCUGACUUUCAAUGGAACUCAGAGAGUGAGAGUGCCUUCAAAAUUACUCCGUGAAAUUAAGUCUCCCAUGGAAAGGAGUUCUUCGUCGGGCAAUUCCAGACAAACCUUACAGGAAAUGGACAUAGGUAAGGUUGAGUAUUGGACAUAAGUAUGUGGGUAGUGCCACUUUGGAUUUAAGAACUGAACAACAUUUCAGAUGAUAUAGCAAAUUGUUAGCAGUAAAUUAAUGCUCGAGUGGAUUCCACAACAUAUGAUCCUGUUGAAGGUAUUCCAGGGUUUUGUCAUCCACCUAACGUUAGGUGCACUAGAAUCCCCAAUUUUAAUUCUGAGUUCAAGACCUUACCAGGUCAGUGUAUUGUGUUCUUGGAUGACACUCUAAUAUCUCCCACAAUACUUCUCUUCACUGAGGAGUGCAAAGGGGUACAAGGGAAUUGUUAGGGGGGUAGCCUACAAUGGACUGGCACCCCAUCCAAGAGGAAAAGCAAUGCUGUAAGUGGCUUUGUGCUGUUGAAACUGGGAUACACUCUGACACCCCUUGGGCCACUUGUUAUGAGUGAGUGUCCCCCUCACCUGUUUUAUAUAUUACUUUAGAUGGUACAGGUCAAACUUGUAUAUGAUGAAUACUUUUCAUUUCUUCUGGCUUAGACAAUUUGAAAGUGGAGUUGUUACCAAGGUCUUAAUUAUAUGGUGCUCUCUUAUUUACAUUCAGUUGAUGAGCAUGUUGUUACAAGACCAUCUCCUGUAAAAGUUGUCAGACAUGUAAAUGGUCCAUCAGCCUGGGUUGAGUUAAACUCAGCUGAUCAUCCUUCCAGUCACAUUCCUUCAGAUCCUGUCAUUAGAGAACAUUCUGUAAAUAGUAACGUGAAUGGAGUGGAUUCUUGUCGAACUAAAGAUGGAACUCUGAUCACAGAACAAGCACCUCAAGUCACAGUGCGACAUCUUGAGGAUGAAGCUCAUGCAGAGAAAGCAUAUGAAGGAAGAAAGGUAAUAACUGAGUUACAAUCAAAAUUACCUUUGAAAAUUAUGUGACCAGAGUUCUGUGUCUGCUAGUGGUACAUUUUGAUGAAGCUUGCUUUUAAAAUAAUAAUAAUAAUAAUAAUAAUAAUAAUAAUAAUAACGAAUUUUUAUACAGGAUUGAAACCCAUCAGUGUGUAACACUGUUGUCCUUGGGGUCCUGUCAAAAAUAAUAAAUAAAUAAAUAAAAUAAAAUUUAACAAGAUAUAAUCAUUGAUCUUAAGGUCUAGAAAAGCAUACAAUAAAAUUAAAAAUUAAAUAAAAAUACUCUGAAAAGGAUACCUAUAACCACGUUUAGAUAGAAUUUAACUAAAAUAAUCUCGCAAUUUGUUCUUAAAUUUCAGUCUCGAAUCUAACGACCUUAGUUCAGCAGGCAGGUUGUUGAAAGUCUUUGCUCCUUGGUAAUAGAAGCUCUUUUACCAAAUUCUAAACGAACUUUGGGUAAUUUCACUGAUAUACCGUUAUUCCUAGUGGCCUUAGAAUGAACCAGCCUUUCGAAGUAGUUCUUAAAGGGUGUGCAAACAUUAUUCAGGAGACAGUCGAAAACAAACAGACAGCUUUUACGCUUGAUCAAAUUGUUCACGGAUGGGGAUUAAAAGAACUAUUGCCGAUAACUUUAAAAGCCUCGUCGUUCGAUGUUCUUUAUCAUUUCCUUUCGGUAAUCCGGAAAGCUAAGACCAAGUGUUCCGCAAUAGGUAAAGAUAGGUGCGAUCAUAGUGUUAUAGAUCGAUUCUGCACACUUUUGGUCGAUCAAAGGACGAAUUGAUCGCAAGAGAUUGAUUCUGGUUGCAGCUUUUUAUAGAUUCGGUCAAAAUGUGAUGCGAGGUUUAGUGAUGAGUCAAGGUGAACACCUAAGUACUUAUAGGUAGAGGUAUUAUUGAUGAGUGACCCAUUAGCAGAAAGUUUAAGUUCCUUGUCUUGAAGGUUGAUUCUUUUAGCUGUUCCAAAUAACAUAGACUCCGUCUUGUCCUUUUUAGGUUAAUGAUCAGUUCGUUGUCUUUAAACCACUCGCACAGGUUAUUCAUAUCCUCGCUAAGGCUUCUCUGUAUAGUAUCAAUAUCUUUAGAAGAGGUAUAGAUGACUGAAUCGUCGGCAUAAGUGAUAAUCUUCGAGUGUUGAAGCGGUUUAUGUACAUCGUUGAAGAAGAUAAUGAAUAAGAUAGGACCCAGGAUACUUCCCUGAGGAACACCUGUGAGAAUGGGUUGAGGUUCUGAUAGCACGCCUUUAUAUUGGACAACUUGUGAUCUGCAGAAAAGGUAAUCAGUGAACCAUGCGAGUUCUGUUCCACGAACUCCGUAAGUUGAAAGCUUGCUCAGGAGGCCAGAGUGACUGAUGGUGUCAAACGCCUUGGAUAGAUCGAUGAAAACACAGCCUGUCAGGUUACCAUUCUCACCUUCUCUUCUGAUAACAUCGGUAAGAUGAGUAACGGCCAGUUCAGUAGAGCGCAUGCGACGGAAGCCGUACUGAAAAUGAGAAAGUAGACCAUUCUGUUCAAAAUGAGCCAUCAGCUGCUUAAAUACCACUUUCUCCAGGAUCUUUGACAUUGAGGGAAGUAUUGAAAUAGGCCUAUAAUUGUCGAUUUCGGCCAUUGAACCAGAUUUAAAAAGUGGUACAAUUUUAGCCGCUUUCCAGUCAGUAGGUACAGACCCUGUUGCGAGAGACAGGUUAAUUAUAUGCGUGAGAGGCUUGGCUAUUAUAUCAGCAGAGUCCUUUAACAUUCCAGAAGGAAAGUUGUCAAGGCCAGAGGACUUAUUUCUCUUAAGGCUCUUUUAAUGCAUUAAAGACAACCUUUUCCGAGACUGAUCUAAACUCAAAGUUCUCUAGCGGCUGCUGGGUGUCUAUUGUAAGGGGCCUUUUCCAGACAAAAUUGCAAAGAGGGAAGAUCUUUCUUUUUAGAGAUCGCGCAACAUCAGUGAAGAAUUUGCAGAACAAAUUUGCAAUAACCUCUUUGUCGGUUUCUACUGCUUCAUUAACGAGAAAAGCUGCUCCUGGUUCCUUUGUAGACUUUGUAGGGUAUAGUUUUUUAAUAGCUGACCAAAAUUUGUUAGGUGAACCCACAGUCACAUAUCAUGGUCACUUAAGCCGGCGGGAAUGACUUUAACACUAUAAACAUUCUGAGGGCGAUUUGUGUAAAUCACAUCUAUCAGUGUUUUUGAAUCUUGCGUUACCCUCGUGGGAUCCUUGAUUAGCUGUUUAAGGCCAAAAGACAAUAGCAUUGCCUUCAGUUCUUUGUUGUCUGAGCUUACCAAAUAGUUGCAGUUGAUAUCGCCUGUCAAAAUGCAUUCUUUGUUUUCAGAUGAUACAGCAGAAAGCAUCGACUCCAGUUUAUUUUCAAAAUCUGCACAAAGAUGCUUUGAAGAACUCGGGGGCGAUAAAUAAAACCAAUAAGGAUACCCUUAGAUUUUGGAAAUAAAAUUUCUAUCCAGAUACAUUCGAUCCCAUCGCGUUCCAGGUCUAGUCUUCUAUGAAAGGGGACAGAAGAGGAGAUAUAAACUCCCACACCUCCACCUUUGCCUGUUUUCCUUGGUCUAUUAAUGAACGUAUAGCCAUCCAGUUGAACUUGAGCCUCUUCACUGUCCGAUAGAUGAGUCUCACUGAGGGAUAUGAUGUCUAUAUGCUUGGAAUCAUCGAUCAUUUGGCAUAGACUAUCCCUGUUCGCCACGAGGCCUCUGAUAUUUUGAUGAAUAAUUGUAAGCCCAUUUUUCGUUGACAAAUCCCGAAGAUCAGACAGGAUGUCAUGUGAACCAGAGGAGCCAACAGGACCAGGUUGAAGUUCAACAUCAUUUGCGAGACGAAUGAGUAGUAAGGAAAGAGAGGAAUUAAUCGCAAAACGGCAUCCAAGGAGUAGAAGUCUUGAAUUCGGCAACUGGAGAUUCUUUGCAUGUUGCGAGCUCGGUGACCGAUGGUUAAAGGUUGAAUUCUCACUGUCGUCAGACCGUGAGAAAUGAAGAGAAGAGUAUCACCAGAUAUAUCGAGGUCAGGAUUAGCCUUGGGAAGGAGUGCACCAGAGAAACAAACGUAGAAAUAAAGCAGAAUGAUCCAGCCGUUAUGGCAAUCACAAUAGCAGCAUGUUGGUUUCUUAAAGUGACCUCACAACAAUGGCAUAGGUCACAUCAUCAUACUGGCAUGACAAAAACUUGCCAAGACUGCAUGCAAAGGUACCUUGGUUUAAAGCAAGAUGCAUUACAGUUUGUUCAAGCAAAAUAACCCUUUUCAGAUCAAUUUUGCCUGCAAAUAUAAAAUAAAAAAGAAAAUAACCUGCUGCUAUACUAAAAAGCAGGCAUUGUACCAACUAAUGUACUCAUAACAGUGUUCUCCCUUAUUUUAUGCAUGACAGGUAACACAAAUUUUCAAACUGGUAAAGCAAUCCUUUUACUUGUUGAAUUUUCAAGAAUUCCAAGCAAUUUUAAAUGGUAAUAAGAGGUACUACAGGUGGUAAAUGUUACCGGUUACUGCCUGAAAAGGAGAACACUGCAUAACAGCUUACUUGUUGUGCUUUCAUAACACUUUAUCCUGAACACUGAUUAUUGAUAUUUCUCAUUUGAAUUGAAGAGCAUUCCCACCAAAGGCUUGUACCAAGGACAGCCAAAGAGUGGAGUCCCAAUUUUCAACCCUGCAAAAGAAAAUGCAAGUGAGUUUGGAAAUAUAAAGAUUGUAGGUAUUAUAUAUUUCCUUUCAAGAGCCAUUUAACAAUUCACUUUUACUGUUGUUGUUCUUCCUUUAAUUUAUUCAUAUUUACUUGUACAAUUUUGGUUUGGAAUUUUCCUUCCAGGUGAUGUCAAGAUCAAACGAUUUGUUUUGAAUGACAAAGAAAAGUCUUUAAAAGAACAGUUCUUGAAGAGGUUUGAACAGAUGUUUCCCAACCUAAGUUUUUUUGAAGAGUUUUUUAUUGAUGCAAUGGCUGGUCUGUGAACUUUAUGUAUAGAUUGCAAUGGGGAUGUACUGUAUUAUUUUAAAUUUAAACAGUCAUUUCCUGCACAACAAAUUAAACAGUGGUUGAUUUGUGAAUAAAAUACUUUAAAGAAAGCUAUUCUUUGGGGAGGACAUUGAAUACAACCCAACAGAUCUCAAAAGUUUUCUUGUACCUGCCCAAAAUGGUGCUUGUUAUGCUGGACCCUGUCAAUCUUAACUGGACAAUGAGACUAAAAUAUUGCAUUUAGUGGAUGCUGGUUAAAACAUAUCACCUAAUUUAUCACCCUGAUGAAAAGUCAAAUUUGUAAGGAAUAGACAUGCUGCCUUUUGCUGUCUUAAGUUGGAGGAAGGGAUCAUUUCAGUAACUUAUUUCUAAAUUCACCUCUUAUUUUAUCCUGUGUGUACUUGCACUUCAAUAGAAUAGACCAAAGAAGGCCAGUAAAGAAACUGGUUCAACCUACUGUGGUGUCCCAGGCUGGAGAGACAAAUAACCCACAAGGUGCAGUGAGUAGUGAAAAUCCUGUAGCUACUGCAGCAGCAAUUGCCGCUGCUGCUGCAUCUGCAGCAACUGGACCUUUCCUACAGGUGAUUAGUUACAGUUUGUAUUUCAAAAAUGUCUCAUUAUUGAUUUGUAGAACUAAAUUAGAAGAUUUACUUUGGCACAGCAGUAUCAUUUAGCAUUUUAUCUCUAUGUUCUUAGUUGCAGCAUACCUUGGAAGCUCAGAUUUCUGCUCUUGUAAACAACUUACAAGUUCUGCAACAGAAUCACAACAGACAACAGGAGCUACAGGACAAGGAAAAGGAACAGAAACUACAACAACAGCUUGAAGAACGACUGAAGAGGCUUGAAGAUCUGCAAGCCAAGAUAUUGGAGACUCAAGUAUGUAAAGUUUAGAAUUGAGGUUUUCUGCUAUUGUGUACAAUGAUGUGUAAGUUUACAGAGUUCCAGAACGGUUGGGUUUUGAACAGAGACAUAAUUCUGAGCUUUCAGCAAGGUUUGCCCAGUAUGUGUAACUAAGAAGGGAUAGGGUAAGUGAAAAGUGCAAAGGAGGUGAAAGAAGACAAAUGGACUACCUCUAUAAGCACUAUUCUCCUAUCAGUUUUUUUUCCCACUUCUCCAUGCCUGCUUAAGUUUGAGAGCAAAGGAGCCAGUAGUAGCAUACAGUGUAGAUGAUAUAUCUUACAGUAAUGGGAUGAGCUUCUUGGCUGACUUGCAAUCACAAUCACUUGCUUGAUACAAUUUUGGAACUUUCUGUGGAACAUUGCAACCAGGUGGAACUUUCUCUGGAGAAAUCUUGUGAUGAUAAUUACCAGAAAACUGCAAGCCAAUGAAUCUAUUCUUUAUCCAUUCAGUCAGCACCAGCCUCCUAUCCAACUGGCAUGCAACAAGCAACAGCAGCAGUGCUACCAUCCAGCAGUAUGGACAGUGGGAUGCUACCUGUGAGCUGUACGGCCACUGUGGCUGCUCACCAUCCAGCUCAUGUUGCAUCUUCUGACCGCGGUGUAUCUGGGAUAGCAAGGCAGGAUGAAUUUACCCAACCACCACACUCUGUAGCUGGUCACUAUCACCCUCAAACUACCGCUGAACCUUCAUAUCAGCCCAGAGGUCAUUCAUCUACUCCAGCCUUUGGUAAGAUUUCAUUUUGUGUGAUGAUGUUUGCUUUUAGAAAAGUAGAAACUUUUCAGGGGCCAAGAAUACCCAGGACACUUUCUUUGUUAAAUAAAAGACAAAGGUUUUUCUUAAAGAACUUGAAUAAUCACUAACCCUUCUAGCAGCUCUUUGCCCUGACUGGAGGUCUCUGCGCCUUUACUUCUGCUCUCCUAGUUAGAAGAAGAAGUGGUAAGUUUACUUAGUUUUGUGUUGCAGUUGCCAGUUUAGGAAGCUUUGGCUGAAAAAAAUUGCGUCUUAUUUUUCUUGGUAUGUCGCUGUCGUAGACUGAAAAACAUCUCCCGUUUUUAUCAGAGAGGGGGGGGAGGGGUAAGGUAUAAAAUUUCCUUUGCCAUCACCAUGUAGAGGAAUUAUCUCGUCAUUCAAAUUCAAGCAGAAUGUAAGACUUAGGUGGUACUGCUUCCUAAAAACUGAUUAAUAUCUACUCUCAGAUGAUACCCCCUUCUCCUCCAAUGAGGCCCCUUUCACAUACAAACUUCAUUUCAUAUAGUUGAAAACUUUUGUGUAUUUUUUUUUUUCAAUUAUUGAUUCUGACAGAAAAACAUAAAGUGGUCAAAAACACCAAGACACAAACCUCUCCUCAAGAAUCUUAUACCUCAGAAGACUCCCCGCUCCAGACUCCUCUACCUCGUAAACGACCGCCUGUUCCUAUCUCUCGCUAUGACCUGCCCAGGUCCCGCGCUAAAGGUCCUCGUUCUGAUGUUAAUACGAAGGCAGAGAAAAAAGCCCGCGUCCGUUUCGAACCAGAAGUGUCUCCUAGUUUACUGUCUUAUAAAAAAGAUUUGACACAUAAAGGUAUGCAUGUUAGCUAUUUUCUUUUUUUGCAACGAUGAAGUGUAAAGAGGGCUCAAAGCUCUAAAGUUUUAGGCGAAAUCGAAUCGGGAGAGUUGGAAUACUAUUACUAUAUCAUAGACUGGUACAGGUAUAAUAGCUUAGGCGUGGACGUUGCUAUAAAAAAAAAGUCGAUUGUCACAAGAGAAUUAAUUACUCUCAACAAAUUUGAGCUAAAAUACCAAUUUUUUUCCCUCGACUACUAAAAAUUAACCGUAUUUUAAUGGCUAUUUCCUUUAUUUCCAGGCAGAGGACUUUUAAGCGAACUCGCUUUUCAUGACGGGGUGUAUAAAGUUGAGGUUCCUGGAAAGGAAAGUCGCACACUGCCUGCCAGGUAGAUACUAUCCCAACUGAGAAUUUUGACGAGUUUACUUAAAUAUGCGGAUCGGUUUUAAGGGAACUGCAUUGUUCUUUCAGUCUUUCUAGACUUGAUAGAAAUGAUGUAGAAAGGUGUACAUCAGGAGAUUGUCUCUUACUUAAGAUUGUUUGUCUCCGAAAGCGCCUUCCUUGAAGUUUCCUUUUAACAAUGUUUUUAGUUUUACGCAUGCAUCCAUGUAAAGGUGCGAUUUAGGGCUCUGUCUGCAAAUUUACAGAAUGAAAUAGAUUCAGUUAAGUAUCUCCUUUGUAUUAUAAUGGAACGAGGAAAUUUUCUGUGCACGUGGGUUUUAUUUUUGACGGAAUUAAUUAAAAAGGUAGCUAGAUGAGUGAAUUCCCAUUUUCGCGAAAGCGAGUGGCAACCACGACUUGUAGAGAAGCACAAUAGAAAACGAGACGAUAGCAAUGCGAAAAGACUUUAAUGGCAGAAAAACAGCUCUGCAUUUGCGUUUUAAACUUUGUGCAUUUUCUCGCCAUCCUUUGGCAAACAAACAGCGAGAAAAUGCCAAAGUUUUAAUGGUCUGAAAACGGAAACCGCGAUGGCAGACUAUUUUUGCCUCGAUUUCGAACUGAACGCUGUCCUGAAAGAAGAAGUUUGGCGCCGUCGGUUAAGAUGUCUAGUCAUGCGCUUAACUCUGAGGGCAAAUGUGAAUUCAUUUUUUAAACAACAUUUCCUUUUGCGUCGCCGUCGGGGCGUCCUUAUAAAUGUUUUUUUCAUUGUUAUGUGGAGGUUACGGAGAGUGCGUCCAUUUAAUUCGAGUGGGCUUCCAUAUUCACUUCCGUUAUAUUUCGCCUUCUUCUUGAAGUAACCUUUUCCCCUAUCGCUGAAAGGAGUGCCAGCUAAUAAUCACGUCGGAAAAAAAAAAUUCAUGUUCGUGCUCACUCUAAACCACGCACAAACAUUUCAGUUUGAAUGCUUCCUGAUUCAUCAUAAAAAACGUGUUCACUUGGCCUCGCGGAAGUUUGUCAUCAUAGCUAAAACAGGUUCACGGCUUUUGUUUUUAGCGUUUAUUAUGUCAUCCUUGCUAUUGCCUGCCAAUACUUUUAGCAUUUUUCCGUGUUUCUGUUGGCCGUGCGCUCAACCACGUAUCAGUAUCCAAAGUAUAGCUGUAUACUGGUUUGUUUUGUUCUUCCGGUCGCCAACGAGCGACCAAAUUUUUUCGCUUGCUCACUGCCAUGUUUCCAUAACGCUAGAUGUGUCGACCCAGACCAAAAAAAGAACUCAUGUUCUUGACUUUCCUUCAAAAACCGCACCUGGAUUAAGCCUCUCAUUGCUUAUACAAAAGGAAGUUCUUUGUUAAAGCUGGUUCGAAACGAUAAUGUAAAAUUUUUAUCUUAGUGAAAUGCGAUUGACGAGAUUAUUACACUAAUUAGAGCUUAGAACAUUCCUCUAGCGGUUCCAAAGUCACUGAACCAUCAACUUAAAACAAAAUAAUGAUUCCACUUUUUUCCAUAAUUUUCCUGUUUUCAUGGAAGUGAAAUCAAUUUCUAUUAAUUCGAGGAAAUACGCUUAAAUGUGAAGUCAUCAUUUUGUAUCAUCUCAUCUCGAAACAACCACCAAACACAUGGUCGUUCUUUUUGGUUUUUCAAUGAGGAUUCGUUAGACUUUUUUAUUGGUUUAGUUUUGUUCCUCGUUUCUGAAAUCGUGCCUAUUAAUUUUGGUUUAUCUGGGGAAGAUAAUCAAUUCGCUAAGUUAUUUUUUUCAUCGUUUUCGAAGUGCGUCCUUGAAUUUCAAGCCAAUCACCGUCAAACGAACUGAACCGUUGCCAAGAUGCAGAUUUAAUCCAAGGUCAAGAGAAGCAAAGCUGUCAGAGUUUCCUUUGAAGAAGGAAAAAGAGUUCGUUUUAGCAGGUCGAAUUUAUCACUUCCUGAAUCCUUAAAUUCUUAAAUCCUUGUGAAUACAUAUUUUUAUUUGCGUUGGCGGUUUGUAGAUUCAGUAGCCUUAGUUUGGUCGACGACAAAAAAAAUAAAUUAAUCUCACAAAGCCACUUUAUUUCCGGUACGGUAAGAAACCGAACCUCGAAGUCCCCGAGUAACGCUUGUUUAUGAAUUUUAAUGAAACAACUUGAUUGGGUUAAAUCAUGACGUCAGGGGAGCGUCAUAGGCCAAUAAUAACUCUGAUUUUACUUACUUUCUCACCUAUCCUACGGGCUCUCACAGAUUACGAACAGGUUUUAAUUUUAGUGUAAAAUCGGCUUAAAGCAACGGUUAUUAGUCUCUAUUGAAAAAGUUACCUCGAUACGCGGAAAAUUGAUUUUGAACAUUUUGUUAUUUAGACGCCUCAAAGAGGUAAUUAGUAGCGGAGGAGUGAGGAUAGUCGCCAACGACUCUACAGAAAAAUUUAUAGGUUUAGUUUUUUUUUUUCCUGUGGGUCUACUGAGCUUGACUUCUGCCGCCCUCUUUAGUGCGGUCCACGCGGGCUCAUUUCCCCGAACAGCGGAUUAGCUACUCAACACAACAGGGUGUUGGUCACACUAUAGAAACCUCAGGAGGUUUUUUCUGCAGAUGUUCCUCAUGUGUUGUAAGACACAUGCGUUGAUCGUACAUUGCACCCUUACAGACAUGUGACAUUCCAGUCUUGGGCCAAUACAUUUGUACAUUCAACGAUAUCUAUGUGCUCAACUCACUUAUGGAGUAAAAUGAAACCACGUCCACUCGGUAUCCAAAAUAAUAAAACACCUGACAUUUUUUUGGUCGAAAAAUUCCGGAAUGUAAUAUUUAUCUUGUGUUCCUUGGGUCAAGGGUAAAAGCUUUGCGUUGGAAUCAAAAUGAUUAAAUUACUCCGUCAUGUGCGCGCGCGUUUGUCUGAUCGCAUGAUGUUUAUAACAAAAACUAUUAUUACCAAAAAUCCUUGAUCAUCAUGUGGUGUCCAUAUUUAAGUUAAGUUCAGGUUUGCAUCUAAACCACAUGAUAGAUUUUUGAGAGCAGAAUUCCUGUUUUGUUUCCGAAAGAUUGGCCUGCCUCGAAAGGGUCAUUACUGCACUUGCAUGAGGUUUACCUUGAACAACAUAUUGUAUUUCCAGAACAAUGGCUUAUUUGCCAACUUUCGUCUGUCGGCACUUAGGGCCAGUUUUGCGUGACGACUUCUCGGUAAAUCGGAAGUUCAAUGUCCGCUCUCGUGGGAAACACGGGCAAAAAAUUAUCUUUCGUUUUGUCAGCCAGAUAUUAUCUUUCAUAGUAUCGUGUUCGCGCGUUGUCGAGCGUAACAUUAGAAGCUCUGUAUAGACUUACAUAUUCACAGUCCUUAGAGGGAAAUUUUCUUUUUGUUUCCUGUGAAAUUCCGUCUUCCUAAAUACUGACUGUAAAGUAAAUUAGAAAAAUUGAUUGCUUCCUUGUUGUUACAGAUCUCUAAUUUUCGAUAACCGGAAUCUUGGAAGGUUUUUUUUUCGUGAAUACGAUUAUUUUUUCUUUACAAAGACCGUAACGUGGCACGAUUUGACAUUCCUUUCUUUGCGCAUGCUCAUUUCUGCUCUUUGCUCAUUCAUUUGUGGGUUCAGUUGAAACAAAGAUGAACUAUAAAUAUUGCCGAUGACCUGUUGUGUAAUACAUUGUCGACUAGGACGCCUUUUAUAAUAAACUCUGACAGAGAAAUAUUGCGUAUUUGAUGCGGUGGAAAAAAGAACCGUAACGAAAAUCCACUUCGGCGCUAUGACACGAAACUCGUGUGUAAUGCCGUCUGGUCCGAAACGCUUCCUCAAGGGAAUUUGAUCUGAAUUUGCAUGUUCAAAUUACCUAGAAUAAAGUGUAAACACGCCAUAGAUGAUUCAAAUUCUUUCCUUAUGACAGUCAAUAUUGCUCAAUCUCUGUCAAGAGAUCAAGUGACGCCAUCACUGACAAAAGAAUUAUUCAUUGCUAAACAGGAUUUGUUUCAAAUGCAAUUUAUUGUAUCCGGCGUCAAAGCGCUCAACCAUACAAAGGUGCGCAUAAUAACGACCUUUCAUUUUCCGGAAAGAAUGCUUAUGUAAACUAAGCCAAGAGUUUGUGGUUUUUUUGUAAUCGUUUCUCUCUUGCCUGGGGUUGGUAGCCGUGGAAAUACUUACGUCAUCCAAUUGAAUUCUAUACAUAAUUUACAUGCGUAAGUGCUUUUUUGUUUCGCGGAACACGCUGAAAUAACACUUCCCUUGUCUUAUUCCUGUGUUGCUUAUAGCACUUCGCAUGACACUCUCUCACUGGAUUUUAUUUUCGUAACGUAAAAUUUUCUUUUCCAGGAGCUAAUUGUCUUUCCUCUGCUAGGACAGAUAUUUUUCUUCUCAAAUUCGUUGUCAAGUCACGGCGGAAAUGAGCUGUAGGUCAGGUGAUCACAUGCUACGCAGACAAAAAAAAUUGAAUAUUCAAUUUGUUGUCGGCGUUUUAGAACCUAAAUUGAGCAGUUGUUUGGGCUGAAAAUUCGUGUAUAAUUCGAUUUCGAGAUCGUGUCUAUACAGUAAAUAAACUUUUCCGAUUUUUUUACUCCCGCGGGAUUAGUUCUGGUGUGGAAGUAUUUCGUAAUUUAUCCGUCUCUGACACGACACGCCCUGUGAAUUUAGUCCAUCAUGACUGCAGUGACGUCACAGGAAGUGUGUGAGUUCACUCAUUGUUUUGACGUAUUACCUUAGUGCGCGGCUCGGUCACUGAUAUGUUAAUUUCACAACGAACCUAAAUUUAGACUUUAGAGAGCUCGGGGGGUGAUCGAAUUUCGCGUCACAUAUUUAUUUGAUGGCAAUUGUUUCAACUCGUUUCUUCGUUUCGCCUAGAAGAGUUCUGGGUCAUUCUGUAGGGAAUUUUGCGAGAAGGAAUCCUCUUCGAUUUAGUAGAUUUACGGCGAGGAUUUUUUUUUAACCAACACACGUGCCGUGGAUAACGUUUCAAUUGCAACAUCGUGAAGGCAGACUGUCAUCUUCAUAUUUCUCGGUAGCGCUCGUGAUGGAAGAAGGAACUGGAUAAACCUGACAGGAAAUUUCACGUUUGUUGGGUAGAGGACUGUAGUUUCGUUUACUACUGAAGAGUGUUCGCGGAAAACGACCGUAAAUUUUGAUUCUGGUGAACAGUUGUGCGCGAAAUGACGACUAACCCCCGCUUUCAUCGACAACACUGUUUCUUAUGCGAUCUUCCUCACUCACCGUGGGCAAUUCUACAAGAUUUCAGCGAACCUGUUUGUCGUGGUUGUUGUAAUUACGAGGGGCCAGAUCGAAUUGAGGAUGUGAUACAUUAUUCGAGAAUUUUAAGACGAACAUGGGAAAAUAACGAGUUAGCGCACAGAAAUCGGGGAGUGAAAACUGAGCGCUUGAAUUCAGCGGGUUCAUCUAUAUCUUCCACUCCGAGUCCGCCACCCGCCAACGGUACUAACUAUACGGCGCAGUAUUCAGAGCAAAGGAAAGGAGUUGGGAAACAUCAGAAUGCUACCAGGCAUGGCGAGGAAGGCAUGGAAAAUUCUCAUGGGCACGGGAGUGGCGAAGCUGUCAACGGACCUGGCUCGAAAGCAAAUCGACCUCCAGGAAAUAUUGGUUCUCGCGAAAUGGAAAGACGAGGGUCUAGUUUCAACAUGGAAGACGCUAGGCAUUCGCUGCCAAACGGAAAUGCGUUACAAAGACAUCAUCCCCCCUUGACCCCAAACGGACCUCAGCAGAAUUUUGUCGUCGAUGGGCCACGGUUGGAACUUAUACGGGAAACACUAACCACUCUGAACAGGUCUUGUCCAUUUGAUAUCAGAUUCAAGAAGGAUCAUGGUUAUGUUGGUCGCGUGUUUGCUUUCGACCUUAGCUGUAAGCCUGGGGUUGACUACGAACUCAAAAUCUUCAUCGAGUACCCUCGAGGCUCUGGUUGCGUUUUUCAAAGCGCAUCUGGAGUCGCCAAGCAGAUGUACACAGAAUCUUUGAAGGAAAUUGCAAAGCCACUUUCCUCUGGGUUCAAGUAUUUAGAGUACGAGAAAGAUCGCUCCAAAGGAGAAUGGCGUUUACUGGGAGAAUUUCUUCCUGAACCGGUGCGAUUGUUCAAGGAAGCUGUCAAUCCCGAAUUUCUCGCCAAACCUCAGCUCGAUGCAGAAUUUCCAGUUCUACCCAAUGUGAAUCUCAGCUUCAACCGGUCCGGCCCCCAGUAUGGGCGAAAGCGAAAAGGUGCAAUUGAUUUAGAAGAAUUUGAAGUAGCAGCUGGAAAACGUGCUGGAGCCAUGCAUGGGCGCAUGACUCGGGAUGAUGCCUUACAUAGUGUUUGGGUGCAAAACCAAACAGCUGAUGGUGUCAAACUACCAGUUCAUUUACCAGGGACACCACUGCCCCCAGGGACCCCAGUCAGUUCCAUACCAUCUGCCUCAGUUCCACCGAUGGUGUCACUGGCAGUCUCAAAGGGUGCACCAAGCCUGGCAGUGUCUGAACAUGCCCGUACACAAGUGAAAUCUCCCAUGGGCACCAUGAUGAAUCGAUUCGAAUUACCACCCACCUCAGUGCUACGUGAAGAUUCAAGGAAUGGUCCAAAUACCCUUGUGGCUGGUUCACCUGGCAGCGAGCGGUUGUCACCACGCCCACAUCAAUCACCCAGACCCUUACCUAGCUCUGGUGGAGCUAAAGGCCCAGAUGCAGCAGAAGGUGACAUGAAGGGAAGGAGCUCCACAGUGAAUAUUCUGACUUGCAGUCUUUGUCGUGACAAGCUUGAAGACACCCACUUUGUGCAGUGCCCAUCUGUUGCUCACCAUAAAUUCUGUUUCCCUUGUUCACGUGACAGUAUCAAGAAGCAAGGAGCUGGCUCAGAAGUUUUCUGUCCAAGUGGAGAGAGAUGCCCAUUACAAGGCAGUGAUUUGCCUUGGGCAUUCAUGCAAGGAGAAAUUGCGACCAUUCUUGGAACUGAAUACACUGUAAAAAAGGAAAAAGAUACAUAGAGAAAGGGUGGAAUUUCUUUUCUGCCAUAGCAGUAACAAAUUUAGUGGCUAAUCUGAAACAUUACUUUUGUGUGGCUCUUAUGAACUUGUUUCUGUGUAUUAUGUAUGGUAAAAGUUGCCUCAAUUACCUGCACAAAAUUUUUCAUGUAAGAAGUUUUAUUAAUUUGCUUCCAAGAAGAUUUCCUGACAAUUUAUAAAACAUUUUGUGAAAUGGUGUUUUUAUAGUAAACUGAUAAUUUAGGAAGUUUUUCAUAGCACAUCUAAUGUCUGGAAGUAACCAGCUUGCUCUUCUCCCUAUGUUUCCAAUGCAUAUUCCAGCAAGCAGACCAUGGGAAUAGACAAACUUGUGAUCUGGAGGGUGUUAUUAAGCAAAAUGUCAGAUUCUUUUGUCUAAAGCUUACAGGAAAAUGUAUUAUUCGUAGGGAGAUUUGCAAAUCGCAUCUAAAUAGCAGAAGGUUCAAGAAUAACAGCUGUAUGUUAGAGUUCUAUAUAGUUAAGGCCAAGGCCACUGUGUUUUUGUGGAAGUUGGGGGUUUUGCAUUAGUCAAAGGAACCUUUCUGUGUAGAAUUCAAAGUUGUGAAUGUAAUGUGUAGGAGUUUGGAAAAUUCUCUGAUUUUGCAAAAUAUUUGCAUAAGGCAAGAUGAGGUUAAUUUUUCUAUCAUGAAAUGUGGCAGAGAAUUGUUUGUUUUGACUGAUGCGCUACUGUAUUUUAAUUUAAGAAUUGUGCAACAUCAACAUUGCACUGGCAUUCCUUCUAAUAUUUUGCUACCUUAAAAUGUGCAUGGUAAAGUCCAAAGGUGUGAGACACUUAUCACGUAGAAUAGUUAUUGCUGUCAAAAGAAUACUCUAGGCAACAUAUAGAUAUUAUUUUCCAGAAUUCUUGUAUAGAUGUGUAGCUUCUUAGUAGCAAGUUGCUUUUGUUUAUUCAAGGGUAGCUGGUCAUUUCUGUAAUGUUAAUAUUUAAGAAUAUGAUCAUUGGAACUUAAAACUUGAGACUUUGUGAAUAGAAUUCUCUUCAAAGGUGGGAUUUUUCAGACAAAAAAGAAAACCUGUAAAUAGACGCAUCUACUCUUUUCCCUAUUCUCUUAGCUGUUCUGUGAUCUUUCAGUACACAGGAAAGUUUAGGUACAUUUUUAAAAACUGUUUGACAUCUUGCAAAAUCCAUAGUUUCAAGAGUGGAUUGCAAUCCUGAAAACAAUUUUAAAAAUGUAGUGAUGGACUGCCUGUGAAUGUAAGUUUGUGUGCAAAAAGUAUCGCAUUGAUUUUAAAAUACAAAGUUGUGGUCAUUAAAGUUUGUGUUUGAAAGUUUGAUGCCUGAGUAGUUUUAACCAUAGGUGAAAGGAUGUGACUGAAUUUGGUUGAUUAUGUACAACACAGCUGUUCAAAACCCUUUUCAGUGGUCACCCUCUGGAAAUAGCCAGAUGUUGCUUGAUAGCUGUCAACUUUUUUAAUUUAGGUUGCCCAAUUUUUGGUGUAUAUUGUGGCAACUCAAUAUAAGAGAGAAUUAAUCUCACAACGUAGAUCUUUGGGAUAUGAAAUAUUUGUAUAUGUAUACAUGUUAGCCAUCAGAUGUUUGAAAGGCAUGCUUCUCUUCAGCAACCACUUCUGGCCUUCUGCUUCCACCCAAUAGCCUUCCCCCCUCUUUUUUUGGUAAUUAUUCUGCCAAGGGAAAUGAUUUGUUUGGAGGGAGGGGCACCAAAGGAUUCCCCACAAGGUUUGCAUGUCUAGUACUUGUGGUUAGAGCCUUACCACAGCGAGAACUUAUCUUAAUUCAUUUUUAAGGAAUUGAAUCUCUAAAAUAGAUUUUGAAAUUUGGAUUGAAGAGCUUUAGUCUUUUUUGUGGUUGACUUCUCUCCCUUUUUUCUUUUUUCCUUUUAUUUUCAUUCAGUGGUGACUCUCUUCCACCUAGACCAGAGACAGCCAUGUUGUCAAGUGAUGUUGGAAAAAUUAAAACUGAUUUAAAGGACAUUCUUGUUGUAAGUUAAGGAAGAACUUGCUCUCUCAUUUAACUUAUGUAGACUUGGACCUCAGUCAAUUGUGUGUUCCCACUACAGCAAUCUUGACAUCAUACUGAAAAAAGGGCAGAUUGCUCUUAUCACUGUGACACUCCAAAACAUGAUGACUGUGCUUGUUGUAUUUUUAUUUUGGUUACAAACAGCAAAUGAGGAUUUCAGCCUCCUUGCUCACAGUGAUCUGGGCCAUGAUUCACUAAGGAGAAGUUGUCAAACAUCAACAAAUUCACUCCUUUCUCCUCAAAGCAUUGAGUACUGCUUUUGAUUUACAAACUACAGCUCAUAACUUCUUUUCAGUUUCCAGUUUGUACUUCCGCUCUGAGUCAGUCUUUAUAUUGGUAUUAUAACUAGUCAUUCAAUCUUCUAAUAUGAUAUUGGUCAAAUAUUGAUUGAUUGAUGCAGGAGACAGAGAGACUUAAACAAGAGCUGACUAAACAACAGCUAGUCAAGGUAAAUAGCAAUAGUCGAGUUGACUCCUCUGACUGCAAGUUCUCCAUUCUGUUCUCUAUACAUUUUCUAAGAUGCUAACAAGGAGAAUUUGUCUAACAAUCAAGAGCUUCUUGAGUUGAGGAUCAUUUACUGCAUUCUUAUGACAUUAAUGUUUCAGGGGUAAUACUGUUAGGAGAAAUUAGAUGCUUAUCAUUCUUAGGGGUUAGAGGUAUACAUUUACUAGUUGUAUGCAUAUCAUGAGAAUUGUUUUCUUUCUUACUGUUGUCUUAAAGUAAAAGUAUGGCUACAAAUUGAAAGUAACAUGUAGUCUAUCUGAAAAGAAUGAGCAGUUAGUGACUGUUUGUGUGUUCCACUCUUAGUCAUGUUGAAAUAACUCCAAUUAUAUUUCAAAACAUAUACAUAUAGGGCAACACAGACUCUGAUGUGCUGCACGUUGGACCUCUUGGUGAUGGUCCUUCACCUCUAGAUGAAUAUUUGGUAAGAAUUUAUUAUUAUAUGAUAGUUUUAAAAAAAUUAAGAAGUCAAAUAACAUUGAUUUGAUGAGGAAUAUGUGAAAUCACAUAGAUUAAUUCGCUGGUCAUUUGCUGCAUAAUGGUUGCUGACACAUAUGUUUGAGGGAUUAACACAUUACAUGUGGAUAACUUUAUGUAAAUCUGGGGCUAUGUUUGGAUGGCUUUAUGUAAUUUCACGUGAGUGGCUGUUGUUGUACUUUGUAGCAAUCAUAUCCAAGCAAUAAAGUGAACAUUACAUGGUGUGCAGAAAAUCUUAGUUUUAUGUGCUUGGACAAAGCAAACUCUCUAUGAGUAACAGCUUCUGUUCAUCAUUAGUAACAAUCAGUCGACAUGUUUCUUUUUUAUAUAUUCCAUGAUUUCUACUAACUGAAGCCUAACUAGUGCUCAGGCCUCAAAAAUAUUUUGUCACAUUUCACCAUAAAUCUCAUGGAGACUGUUAUGUAAACCAUACCAGCUGUUAUCUCAUGGUUCUCCCCUGCCUCAGAAAAAAUUGAGGGGCUAUGAAUGUACAGCUUUAAGACUGAAUAUCCCAUUGUAUCAUUUGAUAGGAAACCACUCAUAAAUCACACUCACUAAGAAAACCUGUGACAUCAAGACCAUCAGGUAAUUCUUGAGUGUCUUACAUUACACUUUGCUUGAUUUCUGACUGCUUAUUUGAAGUGUCUGAGGCUUAAUGGUUGGAGGAAACUGAGUGAGAGAAAGAUAUAAUGAAAAUCAAGUGACCUGUUUCCUCAGAAAAUUCUCACCUUUAAUGGCUGAGGAAAGCUAAUUUUUUAGUGGGAAUGUUGUCGUAACUGAAGACCCUCAGCCUUGCCCUGCCUUUUAGAGUCCUAUUUGUUUUACAAUUUGCAUAAAAAUUAGUCAUUAUGAAGUGUUUGUAAAGAUGAAAGACCUCAAUAGAACUCCUCCUCCUUUCCAAUGUAGCAAUUUACCAAACUGCCUCUUCUAACAUUUUAUAAGGAAUUCUUCCAUAUACAUUUAGCUUAUAUCUAUGACUAUUGGUCAUUUAUUUCCAUCACAGGCUUUCUGCCAUCAAAGUCAGCACACUACUUAGCUGAUGCAGAACGCCUCCUCCAAGAUGUUCAAUAUCGACGGCGAAAUCUGGACAACAAUUUACAGACUCUGAUAAGACAAAGAGAAGAACAUGAUUUGUAUAAUUUUGUGGAUAACAUUCCUUCAUCUGAUGGGUAAGAGCAAAACAGCUUUGAAGUAAUGCAAUGUCAAGUAAAUGCUUAGCAUUUUAGUUCUGUAAUAGCAAUGUGACUCUUUGUGUUGUCAAACUGUAUUUGCUCUAUCAUCAGUUGAGAACUUACAUAUCAAUUUAGUCACUGGAGAUUGAUCCCUUUACACCCUAACAUCAGUAUGUAUAUUCUCCUUACUGUUAUGUGCACAUUUAUCAAGGUGCUGACAAGGAGAAAUUAAUUCUGUAGUUGUUGAUCAUUUCCUUUAUUCCCACAACCUUAAUGUUUGAUUCAGGGGUGAUAUUGUAAGGAGAAUUUAGAUGCUUGUUAAACUAAGGGGUGAAAGGAUCAAAGCCAAUUGUGGGAUGAUCAAUUUUUUUGCAGAGAGUUUGAUGAAAUGCUGAGAAUAAGAAGAGAAGUGGAUAAAAAGAUAAAAGAGAUGAACUCUGCGGUGCAGGUAAAUUUUACUGGUAGUUCCAGGGUUGACCCUUUAACUCCUAUGAUCUGAUUGUUAACUCUCCCCUCCAGCUGCUACACAUUUCCUUGUAAAGUAGCUGGGAGAAUUUGGUGUUAGAUCAAGAUAGCAGCUUUUACCUAAUAAAUUUGAGUAUUCUUAUUACCUUUUUGCUGGAUAAUGUAUGAAUAUUAUAGGGAGAAGUAAUAUGUUAAUCACUUCUGGGAGUUAAAGAGUUAAUGAAGGAUUUCCAUCAUUAUUUCUUAUUUUUGCAUGUUACAGAAGGACCUUGUUAUUUCAAAGGAACCACAAAACAUUAUAUUAGUGGCUUGAUUUAUUUUUUUAUAGGAAAUCAAGUGUGCUGCAUUCUUGUAUAAUGGACAUUCAUUCAAAAAUCUGAAUUGUUUGGUUGUAGAGACCUGUCAAUGCAACUCAUCUACUUGUGCUCACCUUUCCAUUUUUUACUUUGCAUUGAUGCUGUUAACAACCAUUAAAUAUGUGAAUCUUUACCUGAUCUAGUGUUAUAAUUCUGUUGCGCAGAGCAUUUAGUAGCCCAGCAAAGAUUAUAACCUGACCUCAAAACAUUUUACUCAGCAUUCCUCAUGACACAUUCCCUGCUAUUUUGGAAACCCUUAUUAUUUGUAAGAAAGUGUGUCAAAAAUAUGUCUUGGUUAAGUUGCUAUUGUGAAAUUGAGAUUUAACUGGGAAAGGGAAGGUGCUUGAGUGGCAAUUUUUUGGUAAAGGUAAGCAUUUUUUCUUUAGAGGGAAAUUGAUCUAGAGGAUAGAGGUACUCUGGGGCAAAAACAAAAUUCAGUUCCUUUGAAGAAGCAAACCUCUCAACCACUAAAGACAACAUCGUCAGGGACUAGAAGGGUGGAACCAAAAGUAACUACAAGAUCAACUGUGACAGGGAAUAAACCAAGUGGAAAAAGUACUGGGAAGGAAAAUCUGCCACAGAAGACCUCUACCAGGAGAGGCAAGGCAAGUAGCCAUUGAACACAGAUUCUUGUACCCUGUUCUUACCAAACUGGUUUUUCCUGUGUUGGUUGCAAUAUAUUUAAGUGCUUGAUAUUCAUUUUCUUUCAUUAAAGUUUGCAAUAAGCGGAGUAAACUCUAUUCACACAAAAUCUUGAAUGGGGAUGGGCUAGGGAGAGGGGGGUGGGGGGGAAUUAACUGAGAUGGGCUUGCCUUAUGGGUAGGGGACUGGACUAUGGGUUGAGAGGUCCUUAUAUGAGACUUGGCCCGGUUAUUGUGUUGUGUUCUUGGGCAAGACACGUAAAUCUCAUAGUGACCCUUUCUGUCCAGGAGAAUAAACAAAAGGGGUUGGGGCAGAGAAUUAACAGGAAAACCUAAUUUGACUAAGCUAGGGGUGGUAACCUUCAGUGGCCUAGUAUCCCAUCCAGGGGUGGCUUCAUGUGAGGGAGACUGGAAUAAGCUCCAGAAGCUACGGUGGGUCUAUUAAGUGCAAAAUAGGAAAACUCUGCUUUAACAAUUAUAACUUAGCAGCCCUUCAAAUGUUUCCUUGCAGUCCACUAAAAGCCAAGCUCCUUCCAAGCAGUCUGCUAGAGUGACACCAGCCCAGAAGGAAGUGUACCUUUCAAGUGUAUAUGGCCGCCAACCUCACCACCCACAGAGGACGACGUCUAAGGCACCAUACCUGCACUACCAGUCUCCUGUCAACCCUAAGACAGCUGCAAUAAUGGCUGGGAUCAUGGCCGGUGACAGCAAGCUACCUGGAAAACCUGCUUUGCAGGAUAUGAGUUUCUUUCCACAGAGAGAAUUUUCAGAACCUAGUGGGCAAAAAGCUGAUGCCAGGAAACCUGAGCUCGGUUCUCAAGGGAAACCAAACAAACAAAAAGAAGAUAUGCAGUAUUAUUUUCACCCGAGGGUGGACUUGUCACAGGUUGGAGAGGGGGUGUCAAGGGUUGGCGUGCCAUUGGAGGGACAAUUAGUACCUAUGGCUAUACCCCUGGGGAAACCCAAGACUGAUCCAGCAUUACGACCUCCCAUUGUCACCCAACAGCCACAAGACAAAACAUAUGAAGAAGGUAAUGUCCCAUUUCUUUUAACUGGCAAAAAUUGUCCCCCAGCUUGCAAUAAACCUUUCGCGGGUGUCACUUACAAGAGAUGAAUUGGUAAGGGGUAUGGCUUUGCUGCCGCACCCAUAAGAGUCUGCUUGCAGGUCGAUAUUCUUAUUUAGCAGCAAUAGCAGCAAAGCUUGCACAGUUGUUAUUGGACGUGAUCGAACCAUUACCGGAUUUUGAAAAAAAAACCCUUUAAAUGUGUUAAGUGUCGGUACCUUGUUUUUGCCACCUCUCCUUUUUUCUUAAAGCACUUCCUACAGCAUGGACGACUAUUGCAACGUUAUUAGCUUUUUCUUUCUGAAAUGACGCAUAGAGUCACAAAGUUUGACAAUUUAAAGGUCUAAAGCAAAUUAUUUAUUUGAAAUUUGCAGCAAAGGCAGAAAGCCCCAUACCAGAUAGCACCUUAUCUACUGACACAUCUGAGGCCCAUUCCCCUGUCCCCACUCCUGUGAGACCCAGUAAACCUGCUCAGCCAAAUGUGGCAGUGAUUACUGUGUAUGAUAAGGAACUGGACGAGAACAUGGACCAUCAAUACAAACAACAUAAAAAGACGUCAGCAAAGAAGAAGCGAAACCCUCUGUCUGUCCAGGUUGGUGAACUGAUAUGGAUUCUAAGGAGUAUCUUUCAUAUCCUUGCUCAAAUCCUGUUUCUCUCUAUGGGGAUUAUUUUAUUUGGCACGGACUCUUGAUUAGCAAAGGCACGCGAAAGAGCGGGGAAGCGAAGAGCUGCGGUUGUCUCGCAAACGAUUGACCCUGGCGUUUUUCAGGUACUCGCCAUUAGGUUCGCUUCCACCAUUGGAGAGCCUUACACAGGCCCGUCUUGUUGGACCAAAAAGCCGUUCCGUUUUGUAAACUUUGUCCUGUUUACUAGGGAUAGAAUUCUAACGAACGAGACUCAAUCAAACCGUCUUAUUCCGCUCUCGUAUUCGCUUAUUUACAUCAGGCCUCUCUUAUACGAUAUUCUCUACAUUGUGAUUGGUUGUUGCCGAAUACUGAUUUAAAAGGUCAUUCAAGGUUGUGUUGAUUAUGUUAACCGAUCAAUGUCCAUAAUGUUCACACUCAUCAUCUGACGUGUGUCACGCACGAAUCAAAGUCUCCGACACCGUAGACUAACACCAAAAAGAUUAUGUUUAAGCCGCGGAGGAAAGUCGGAGCUAAGAAAACCACAGGCGAGGGAAAUCUCAGCAAGCGGUUAAGAACAUUUCCGCUGAAUUUUGUUUCGCGUUCUGACAAAAAAUAUGUGCAAAUUCUUUCAGAGUUAUUUUCUUAACCGUAGGUGUUACCUAAAGUGGAUAUCGACAGUUUUUCAGAGGUUUCGUCAUCUUCGUCGAGUUUGCCGUAUGCCACGGUAAGUUUUCAUGCCUGGGAUUAAGUGGUUGACAUGUAAGAUUUACUUUCAAUGUCAGUAUCAUGUAAGCAACCGAUCAGUCCAUUUUUUAUUUUGUUUUUCGGAAGUAUUUUAAUUACAUUUUUAAAACUGAGGUACACUAACAUAUCCAAUUUUCGUUUAUGGAUGAUUAAUUGCUCAAAUCUUUAUCAAAGAACUUGCCAUGUUUUAUUUCGAAUCAUACUCAACUAUGAUAUCAUCGGAAUUGAUACAAAUUUUCUGAUCACUGAUGUCCUCCCUUAGAACAUCCCAGAGCCUUUUUCCCGUCCAGAUGAUUCUGAGUACCAGGAGUUCAGGAAUUUUUUGGCCGUCACGGAAACUGGGAACCAGGAAAAGGAUGAUGAACAGGUUUGAGUUUAAUUCCGUUCGAUUUCGGACAGUUCCGUCUCUGUUAACCUUUUCUCUUUCUAUUCGCAGGCUCUUGAUGAGGCAGAUGAUGACUUCCACCGAAUUCCAACACCUCAGCACCACUUGACACUAGAAGGAUUCACAGAAGCACAAGAUGGACCUUACAAUGGCCCCCCGUUUCCACCAGUACAUCCUCCUGUUUCUGUGCAGCAGACAGGGGGGGUUCUUGAAGCUGAUACUCGGCAACAGGCAGCUCUGGAAGAGAGAGCUAUGGAAUGGUAAAGUUGCCGAUCCUGACCAAACUUGAGGCGACUGUGUGAUCGUUUUAGAGAUAAAAAGGACUUUUCGUCCUGAACUCGUGAACAAAACCAUUCUUACUCUACAACCGCAGAGGACUCUUUAGGCCCUUUUCGAACCAAUCAGAUUCAAACUUAUGCAGUCGUGAAUUCCUGCGUUUCAAGAAGUUUCUCAUUAUUCAGCUUAAGUUCCCAUUGACUCCUUGUAAUGCUAUUCUUUGAUCUGAUUGGCCAUUUCGAUUACGCCAGGUUUUGUGUCAAAACAACGCGUCAUGUUGUAUUACAGAAAUGUUGAUGAACUUGGCUUGUUAACCAAUUAAACUUCUUCUUUUGUUAGGAUUGAGCAGGAACUCUUGGCGCGUAUUGUAAGUGAAAUGAAUCAACCAGUACCCGACCCUACCACCCUGAUAAGGCCACAGGCCACCCCUGAAAGUAGCAUUGUUUCGGAGACAGAAGAUGAAGAUGAUGAUAUGCUUGGUGAGUACCAUUUAUGCUUCGUUAAGCUGAAGUAAUCUCAACAACAAAGAAAAAGAGCCUUCAAAAAUACUCAGUCUACAAGUUGUGGGGCGACCUAUAAAUGCUCCUGAAGUGUUAGACGUUAGGUGAUGUCUUCGCACGCAAUAUUUGGCCCCAGUUGUUUAAAGGGCGUAUAGUGCUCUCCACUGGAUGAAUCGCUAUCCAGCGGAUAAGAGCUAACAAAACGUAUCAAGUGGAUAGCGUUAUCCACCCUACGAACUACAGAAGCAUGGCCUACACCCGUGAGUUUAUCCCUCUCUCUAUAGCAUGAAAGCUGACUGUUGCUUCUCUAUCCCAGAUGGUAUCAAACAUGGACUCCCCGCCUCCCCCCCUUUCCCCAAGGAAUUUCGUUGGCCCCUGGACAGUUUGAUUUAGAGGCACUGUGAGAGAAAAGUGAUUUGCCCCAGCCAGUUAGGAGGGAAAAGACAUUUUCAUGAUUGAAGGAACAAGGGCUGGAUUGGGACUACGACUCACCUUUUCUAGCUGAUUUCUCGUUCCAAUUUCUUCUCGUCUAAAGCUCUCUCUCGUCCGUUACCGAGAGAAGAUCAGACUGGUAGUUAGAACCACCUCCGAGUAUUUCAGAAAGAAUUUGACUAGAUCACAGGGAUACGGGUUGGGUUUCUCUCUAUUUACAAGGUUGUAGUAAUCGCAGUAAACAUUACUAUGAUAUAAUUUUUUUUGCUGCUUGCUGUUUCAGCUGCCGCGAUAGGUCAGGAUGGUAUUCAGCUAUUUAUUGACGCAGGAAUUCCCGUAGAUAGGGAACUUGUCACCAAUUUGAUUCGGGAAGUAAUCGCUGAGAAUGUUUCCACGAUUCUCGGUCAUCCAAAACCAAGGGCUAGUCCUCGACCUUCGAGAGUGAGUGAACUAUUUCAUUGGUCAUUUUUCAGUAAAAUAACUACGUUGCAGCAACUGAAUGUGUACAUUCGCCCACGUAAUAUACCAAGUUAGUAGGCAUGUAUGGUUGUUUCAGCCUCAUCAUACCUCGUGAGGAUUGUAUGUUUAACAAGGUGGCUUUGCGUUCCCUUUCAUUCUAAUUCUAUUCCCAUACUUUUUAUUCCAUACUUUAUCUACUUCUCUUGCUGUUUGUCGUUUGACGAACUCAUUGAGCAGUUUUCAAUGCCAACUUUCUCGUCAUUUUUUUAGCAACCAAUUGCGGAGGAAGGUCACCCGUCACGUACACCCUCCCCCAGAGGAACACCAUUGCCAACUCCCGCCCCCACCCCCGAGUACACACCUCCAGAGUCAGAGGAGAGUGUGCAUGAGUCGGCAGUUGUUGUAACUCCAGAACGCUCCCCUACACCCUCAGUAACGAGCGAAGAGCCGAUUCCAUCGGAGAGUGCGGAGGAGGAAGAAAAAGAUGUGGAAUCAAUUAAGGAAGAAAUGGAGAAGAAGGAACAGUCUAGUGAACAGGUUAGUUAGUUAAGAUGAUUACUGUUGGUAUUUUUCAGCCAGACACUAGUCGAGUGAAGAUUUAUUCGUUUUCCUUUUAAAUCUUAGAUCUCUGAGAUCAAAACUCCAGUGACUACCCCAGUCCCAACUCCACCUGCUGUACAGUCCCCUCCGGUCAGUAUAUCUACACCUGAGGCUUCGGUUCAAGAGCUAGGAGAAUUGCAAGAUACCAUAGUUCCCACGCCCCCGCCGUCUGUUGUUGUCAAAACACCAACACCGGAGCCUGAACCCGAGCCGGGACCAAGCAUGUAAGUCUACACCUGUAGUAAAUUCUGAGACGCUGUUGCUUAAUGGUUAGCGCGCUCGACUCCGGAUCUAAGAGCCCGGGUUCGAGACCUCUCCGGGCCACUGUGUUGAGUUGUGGGGCAAGAUAAUUCACUCUCACGGUGCUUCUCUCCGCAAAGGAGAUGAAAUGGGUGAACUUAAAGGACAAGAGAGGCUAUUUGAGAUAGAUCAGGGUCCCGUCUAGGAGGAGAGGAGAUACUCGUCAUCACUUCAAGCUUCAAAGACCAGGAAAAGCUCUUAGUCAGUUUGGUAUUUGGUCUUAAUCGUGUCCUUUCAAAAAAGAUAAAGGUAGCUCACUUCUAUUUAGUGUAUACUUACACAAGAUAAAACUAUCAAGUUGCUUUUUUUUUGCUGUCUCUCAACGCAGGGUUGAAGAACCCAGUGAACCAAAGGAACCGGCGGUUAGUCAAAAGGAACUGACACCUCCUCAGCCCGCGAAACAUUCAGUCAGCAGUCCUUCGAGCAUGUCAUCUACCACCCUCGGUGCAACAACAAUAACCACCGAGGAGGAGAUGUCUGAGGGAGAAUUAAUACAGGUCAGUGUAUCACCCUCCCUUCUCUUCUGAGUCUUCCUGAGAGCAGUCAAUCAGGGAGAAGUACUUCCCAGAGGAAUUUUCAAUUGAAUGUCGAAGAUAAUCUGGAGUUACUUGGGUUUGCUUUACUUCGCAUUGUGAUUGGUCCAGAAAACUUGCGCCAUCCUGUCAACAAAUCGGAUUCAAACCUAAAACCAAUCGCGACUUAGUAACUCGCGUUUUUCCCGCGCUUCAAGCGGUUUGCCUGUUUUUCCUUUGAGUUGUCAUUGGCUUCUUGUGAUAUUUUCCUUUUCCCUGAUUGGUUGUUGGGUUCGAUUUUCCGCCUUCCGGAUUCUGAAUUCAAAAGCGCUCAAAGCUCAUAAUGUAUCUUUAAUAAUUUUCUCGAUUUUUUGUAAGGAGAAAUUUUCACUGUUAAAUUUUUGGAAGAAGUGUUUGUUUUAAUGUUGUCUUUUCUGGUUUGAUAAUUCAGCCAUAUGCACAUGUUGGAAUGUACAGCGAGGGAGAGUUUGCUCUGUCGCCAACCAUUGUACAACUGGCCGCUGAAAAAAAAUUGCCCAUGGGCGAGGACUGGGAUUCAACAAGGUUGGGACACGAUGAUGGUAAGAACUUGAACUAGAUUUAAUUACACAGCUAGUAAGUUACUAAUCAAUUGCUGGCUCGAGUCGUGUUUAACUUACACUCGGAUGAUAUUGCUUACAUCCUUAAUUUGCCAAAGCGUCGAAAGGAUCAGUUUUUCAUCAGGGUUACAUACAUAGACGAAAUUGGCAAUAUUGCUGAUUCUUUUUACUAUUUCAUCUCAUUUUUGUCCAUGUCUCCACCAUUUCUUCGAAAGCUGAGUUGAAAUUAAAUGUCAGUGUGUCAUUCUGUUUUUAUAGUUAAAGCUGUGAUAUUUUCCUCUCGCAGACAGCCAUAACGAACUCGUUAGGGUCGCUCUCAAUGGCAUCUUAAAAGGUGGCCCAGCGGACAAACGACAUCGACAAGGAUCCAGUGAUAACAGCAGUAGGAGCAACAGUGAGUCUGAAGAACAGAUCAGCGGUGUCAGCACUCUGAGAGAUACAGGGGACAUUAGAGAGGUAAUGGUUACGUGAUAGAUAAUAUUAUUUUUAUAAAUAUUAAGGAGCAAUACCAACUUGAAUUAUCGCAGGUCAUAUUGUUCACGGCAAGAGGUAAAGAAGGAAGGACUGUGACGAGUCGAUUAGUGGGGGGGGGGGAAGGGGAUUGGCUGGAAGCUGAAAGCUGAAAGCUCGACACUUUGUCGCACAACUCUCAUAGUUUCUAAGCAAGGUUUGAUGCAAGUAAAAAACUGCGUAAAUUAUAUGCGAUAGAGAGAGCCAGUUGCGCGAACCUUCUAGGAUUGUAUCACCAGUCAGCUCACCCACGCGGAGCCGAGCAAGAUCCAAGCCGCGCGGGCAACAACAACUGAAUCAGCCCGUAGUUAGUGUGACGAACCUUAACGGGAGGCUUCUCUUGAAGUCGUGGUAAUCCAUUUCGAUCGCAAGGCCGUUGAUUAGAGGACUGAACCACUUUUUUGUGCUCACUAUGUUAAGUUUAUUGUUAGGAAAAACUACAGCGCAGAAGCCUGUAGCAAGUAGUAACGAACAUUGAAGCUCUAAUGAUGGUAGGCAGAUGCUACCAAAUAAUUUGAAUUUACACCCAAAAAAGUUCGAAUCGGGUAGAUUUUUCAAAGUGUUAGCUUUUUCCUGUACCUGUUUUCUGUUUCCCUUAUUCGCGAAAGUCAGGUAUAACAUUUAAGAAAUCCUUAUUUCCUACAAUAGGAUUCCGUUACUGACGUUUCGCGAAGUGAAGGAGAACUCCCCACGAUCCAAUGAUAGUUUUGUUGAGUCGCAUUAAACAUCACAUGAGGUCAGCGGAGAGUAGUAUGGCCAGUGAAGGGGAGCUGUUAGGAGACCGUUCGCGCAUGCCCCGUUCAAACCAGAAGAAAAGUGGAACAACGCAUGUUGGAGUAGUGG